AGGUGGUGGUGGUGGGGGGGUGUAGUUGGUUGGAGGGGCUGGAGUUUCUUGAGAAACAGAGAAGAGGAAACAGUUCCGCCCUCAGCAGCUGCAGCAGAGUCGGACUUUCUGGAACCGUUGUGUUCCCUUCACACCGACAUCGGCAGAGAAGUCAAUCCGCUCUACGAUCCCUCCUGAGCGGCCUGCCGUGUGACCACUGCCCGCUGUCUCCUGACUGACUCCCGCAGGUCAGGAUUCUUCUCCAUGUGAAGAACCGCGAAGGACCGACGACAGCUCCAGUUCCUGCUCCAGUUCCUGCUCCAGUUCCUGCUCCCCGCGUCUUCCCCCGGACUCGGUGUCGGCUCGGCCCGGCGGUCGGCUGCUCCUAACGCUCGGGCCCUCUCGGAAACACAGGAUGAGUGGAGACGAGGAAAGAUUUAAACUGGUGGUGGUGGGUGGAGGAGGAGUGGGCAAGAGCGCCCUGACCAUCCAGUUCAUUCAGUCCUACUUUGUGUCAGAUUAUGACCCCACCAUUGAAGAUUCCUACACCAAGAUCUGUACGGUGGACGGAAAGGAGACCCGGCUGGACAUUUUGGAUACAGCAGGUCAGGAGGAGUUUGGAGCGAUGAGGGAGCAGUACAUGCGUUCAGGAGAAGGUUUCCUACUGGUGUUUGCACUCAACGACAGGGGGAGCUUCCACGAGGUCCAGAAAUUCCACACCCAGAUCCUGCGGGUGAAGGACAGAGACGACUUCCCCAUGGUGCUGGUAGGAAACAAGGCUGACCUGGAACAGCAGAGAGUUAUCUCCAGGGAGGACGCUCAGGCAUUUGCCAGAGAUAACAGGAUCCACUACAUGGAGGCCUCAGCCAAAAACCGCUACAACGUGGACGAAGCCUUUUUGGAGUUGGUCCAGAUCAUCAGAUCCUUCCAGGAGAUGGAGAGUCCUCCACUGCCUGCACAUCACACAGGGAAGCAGCACAGGAGCGGGUGUCCCUGUGUCCUCCUCUGAGCUCCACGCCCCACCAGUUGUUCCACACAUGGACUCUGCUCAGGAGAGGAGGUUCAACCUUUACUCUCCUUCCAUUUGCACCUUUGCUAAAGCAAAUUGUUUUGUUUUUUUAUCAGUGUAAACUUGUUUUUU